UGUCAGUGUUGUGCUUCCUAUUUACUGUAGAAGGCUCCCGAACAGGUUCACAGCGCAGCGGCACGCACUUGUUUCGCCGAUACGCAGAGGAACGGGACGAAAACUUUACCUCAACAUGGACAAAACUUUACAGAGAAGAAAGGACUUUAAAAUGUGCUUUGUGUUAUGAAGUGUUCUGACAUGAGGUGAGGUCGAGAGGGAUUCCCGUCCGUGCUUUCUGCUCUCGUCACGGAAUUAGGACUUUUAUGACAAGAUGAAGUUUAAUGGUUACUUGAAGUUGCGCAUUGGUGAGGCUGUGGAGCUGAAGCCUACCACCUACUCUUUGCGCCACUCUGUCAUCUUCAAUAAAGCCCCCCCGACUCUGGACCCCUACAUCGUCGUCAAGGUGGACGAGUUUAAGAUCGGACAGACUCACACAAAACAGAAGACAAACAUGCCCACGUACAACGAGGAGUUCUGCCUGAACGUGAACGACGGAGUGCACAUAGAGCUCACUGUUUUCCACGAGACUCCCAUCGGAUACGACAACUUUGUGGCCAACUGCACCAUCCAGUUUGAAGACCUGAUCCAGAAGGCCAACACGGGGGAGAGCUUUGAGGGAUGGAUGGACUUGGAGCCAGAGGGAAAAGUGUACAUUGUGAUCACUCUGACUGGAUCCUUCACUGAUGAUGAUGCCAUGGUGCACCCUCCUCAGAAGCGCCACAAAGAGCUGACCCGUACACGACAGGGGGCAGUGCGGCGGAGGAUCCACCAGGUCAAUGGUCACAAGUUUAUGUCCACGUUCCUCCGACAACCCACCUUCUGCUUCCACUGCCGUGAAUUCAUCUGGGGGGUGUUUGGGAAACAGGGUUAUCAGUGCCAAGUAUGCACUUGUGUUGUUCAUAAGCGCUGCCACCAGCUGGUGGUGACAGCAUGUCCUCGCAUGAAGAAAACUCAAAAUGAACAGCCGAUAAACCAGGGUUUCAGUAUCAAUGUUCCUCACAAGUUCAACAUCCACAACUACAAAUCUCCCACUUUCUGUGACCACUGUGGCUCUCUGCUGUGGGGACUUGUCCGGCAAGGCCUGCACUGCAAAAGUUGCAAAAUGAAUGUUCACAUCCGCUGCAAAGGCAAUGUGGCCCCGAGUUGUGGCGUCAACAGUGUGGAGCUGGCCAAUAAGCUGUCAGAGAUGGGUCUACAUCCAGGAGGCCUCUCCAAGCGCGCCUCAACAGUUAAGGGCACCCAGGUGAGGGCGCCAGAGCGCAGAGAGAGUGUGGAAAUACAGCCACAGACAGUCAAGCUGGGCCUCGAAAACUUCACCUUCAUCCAGGUGCUGGGGAAAGGCAGCUUUGGCAAAGUGAUGUUGGCGCGGCUCAAUGACACUGAGCGUGUGUUUGCAGUGAAGGUGCUGAAGAAGGACAUCAUUCUGCAGGACGACGACGUGGAGUGCACCAUGACUGAGAAACGAGUGCUGUCGCUCGCCCGUUGCCACCCUUACCUCACCCAGCUCCACUGCUGCUUCCAGACACGUGACCGACUUUUCUUUGUAAUGGAGUUUGUGAAUGGGGGAGACCUCAUGUUUCACAUCCAGAAGUCCAGGAAGUUUGAGGAGCCCAGAGCACGUUUCUAUGCUGCUGAGAUCACCUCUGCUCUCAUGUUCCUUCACAGCAAGGGAAUCAUCUACAGAGAUCUGAAACUAGACAAUGUUCUGCUGGACAAAGAUGGCCACUGUAAGCUAGCAGACUUUGGUAUGUGUAAGGAGGGUAUCUUCGAUGGAGUAGCCACAGCCACCUUCUGCGGGACUCCUGACUAUAUCGCCCCAGAGAUCCUACAGGAGAUGCUGUAUGGGCCAUCGGUGGACUGGUGGGCUCUCGGGGUGUUACUGUACGAGAUGCUCUCAGGCCAUGCCCCCUUUGAGGCAGAGAAUGAGGAUGACCUGUUUGAGUCCAUCCUGAACGAGGAGAUAGUGUAUGCCUCAUGGCUCAGCAAAGAGGCUGUCAGCAUCCUCAAAGCGGUCAGUUUUGUUCACAUCCUCAGAGUGUGUGUUUUUGGUAUUCAUUCAAGUCAUAUUACUUUUUCAUUUAUUUUAUUUAUUUAUUUAUUUGAUUGGGACAGAGCAUGUUAAUGAACAAACAUGACAACAUGAAUGUAAACACACCAGAUUGUAGCCUAAGGCUAAUUUCCAUCCGUUGUCCCAAGGGCUGGGGUUACAGGGGCCAGACACUAAAAUAUUGCACACUCCACUCAUUAUAUAGUUCCAUUCAUUGCACAGUUCCCAUUCAUUGCACAGUUCCCAUUCAUUGCACAGUUCCCAUUCAUUGCACAGUUCCCAUUAUUGCACAGUUCCCAUUAUUACACAGUUCCCAUACAUUGCACAGUUCCCAUUCAUUGCACAUAGAAAAUGAAUCCUGUUAUAGAUUCCAUUUUGAAGAAUUUUGUCAGGUCAAAAGUUAGAACAGCAAUAAUGCCGACUGUCCUAAUAUUGCUUUGCUUGAAGCCCAUGGAUAUGUAUAUAUGUUCCACAGAACUCAUGUCCAUGUGGGCUAUAGGAACAUUCCUGCAGCACAGAUGUAUAUUGAACUUGAGCCUGACUGUGCAGUGACUCCAGCUAUGUGCCCUGAAUGUUACAUAACUGUAUUAAGCUAUGGUUCAGAAACUUUCCCAGCUAUAGUCCACUUCCAAAUUCAAAAGCCUUCAUAAUAUGUUUGCAGUUUCAAAUGUACCAAUGGACAUGAUGAAUCAGCAUUUAGUGACUAUUAGAUUUAUUAGGUCCUUUCUUUUAUUACAUAAGCAGUUUACAUAAGAGAUCACUGGGCCAACCACAUAAAAACACAACUAAUGCCACUAAUCUGUUAAAUCUAGUGGAGGAGGUGAAAGUAUGUAUGUUUUCCCUGGCUGUCCUUGCCACAUGAUGGAGCUCACAGUCUCUUUAUACAGGGGAUUACAAUCCAAACAUGACUCAACACUGUAUAUUCUGUAUCAUCUGAUCUGCACCUCAUCUCCAGCAGGAGUCAUGUCUGUGCAGGUCAAACUCUACUGGGAGCAAAUACAGCCAGGACAUAUGAUGCUUAUCAAAACAGGCACAUAUCCUUUUCACAUACUCUCAAAUUCCAUUCUAUCUGCACCCGUGCUCCUGUUUAUUUAAAGGUAUGAUAUGCAGCCUGUGCUCUUACUGUUUUAAAAAAGGAACUACAAUCACAACUGAACCUUGCCAGUUCCUUAAGUUGCAUAUAGAGGAUAAAAAACAGACCAUGCCUCAUUGUGAAAGCUCAGACCUCCAGAAUUCACUUGCAGAGUUGCAGAGACUGCCCUGGCACUGAUUAAUGAUACUGCAGGUGCUGGGGGUUAGGUAAUGAGAAUUCAGAGGAGAGAAUACUUCAUGUCCAACGUUUUUGUAAUAAAGAAUAACUGUGUAGUACAACCAGGUAUCAGUAAAAGCGGCAUUUCAUUUGAACUUGCUCAGUCAAAUCCAAAUACCCCUUUAACACCCAUUCAAAUUUAGCCGACACUAUUGUUGAGGCUGAAAUGUUAAUAUACCUGGAAAUCCCAUGGCUUGGGUCUGCUCCUCCCUAGUAUACCGCACUGAACUGAGCCCAGAGUUUAAAUUGUCACCCUAUUGUUUAGAUGAUGAAGCUGGAGUAUGUUGUCAGAAUGAACAGGUGAGGUAUUGUUUGGAUGUGUGUGACUUUGGACAUUCGGGGUGUCCUCAAAUGAACCGAAUCCGAGCCUUGUGAGUGGGGUUAGACAUAAUCUACAGAGCUUCUUCUCAAUUGGAAAAUGGGGUGUGGCUGGAAGUUGUUUUGGUUGUGGUCCAGGUUUGUUUUUUCCGGACAGGUCUGGUUUGAACGAGUUGAGUCAUUGUUCUAAGCCCAAUGCAAAUUCCAACAUUCAGCAAU